GAGACGUUACACAAAGUUUGAAAUAAACUGUUGAGGUCACGCUACAGGAUUAUUGCACGCGCCCGCAUACGGUGGUCAGAUACAAACGGACGUUUUGAUGUUAAAUGCUUCAUACUCAUUACAACCAAGUACAGGAUGGAGAGAAACAGGGGGUUUAGCUUCAAACUGUUGGUGCCUUCCAGGGUGAGUAACGGUCAGGUGUCUGCUGUUCGACCGCAGGAAGUCGAGGAGACCUGUGGGGACUUCAUGGUGCAGCAGGUUAAUAUUAAAGGUUUUGAAAAGGAGCAGACUAUGCCAUUCCCCAAUACAAGCAUGGAUGCACCAUCUAAGCCCACCAGAAUAGACUUGCCAAAGAUGAAAGCUGUGUCGCCAAUGGGAAAAGGCGAGAAUAGUUGCAAUCCCGGACAGCUUUACUCAAAGUUGUUUGAUGAAGUUGAGAAAGUGAAGUGUUGGAAGGUCAAAGUUGACUCUGACACUGUGCAAAAGGAAAGGAGGCUCCAAGAAAACAAAAGAACAAUUGAAACUCAGCGCAAAGCCAUCCAGGAAUUGCAGUUCGGAAAUGAAAGUCUCAGUGUAAAGCUGGAGGAACAGAUCAGCGAAAAUGAGGAUUUGAGGAACAAAAACAACGCAACAAGGAAUCUGUGUAAUAUACUCAAAGACACUUUUCAGCGGUCAGCUGAAAAGAUGCAUUUAUUUGAAUCAGAAAGAGAAGAAACACAUCACCUCUUUAUGGAAAACAGUUCAAGUAUUCAGAAAAUGGUUGCAGCAUUUGAAAGCCUUCGUGUUCAAGCGGAAGAUGAUCAACAAGAGAUGCAAAAAGUCAAAGAGGCCUUGGUGCAGUUUGAAGAUCUAAAAGAGAAGUACCAUCAAGAAUUUGACAUGAAAGAAAAAGAGGUCACAGUGCUUCACACUCAAAUACAGGAUAAGGAAAGUGAUCUACAAAAACUCCUGCUGGACCUCCAUGAAAACCAGAAGUACUGCAAACAACUUCAAGAAGCAACAGAUGAGCAAUGUGAACUGCUCAAGAGCUCAAAAACUGAACAACAGUCCCUGCUUCAGAAGCUGCACACUGCAGGGCAGCGCUGUACUGAAACUGAGAAAAAAUGUGAAGCUCUUGCUGCAAUUCUGGAACAAAGUAAAGAAGAAUAUACAGAGAUGAUUCAAAACAAAGACUCAAGCUUGCAGGAACUCAGCAGAGUUAAAAAUCAACAAGCAGAGAAGUUGGAGCAGAAUCAGACGACCAUUCAGGAGCUACAGGGUUCACUAGCCUUAGAGACAGAGAGGGCUAAGGAACUUGAGGAUAAACUCAUGGCAAACAGUGAGGGACUGGAAAGAAGAAACACACUUUUAGGAGAGAACAUGGAGCAGAUUACAAAGAAAGAAGGGCAGAUCAAAAUACUUGAAGAUGAACUGGACAAAACCUCUAAAUGUGUUGAGUCCAUGAAAGAAAAGAUUGACGUCACUGAAGUCAAAGUGGAGACACUCACAGCUCAGCUUUCAAGGAAAACCAAAGAAACCCAGCAAUACAAGAGUGAUGUAGAGAUUGAGAAAGCAGAAAACGAUCUACUAAAGGAAGCUUGUGAAGCUGCUGAAAAAGCCCAGAAGGAUUUGGAGGAGAAAUCCACAGUGACUGAGAUCAAAGUGCUGGAGCUGGAGGGACAGUUGUUGACUGAAGGAAAGAAAAAUAAAGAACAUACCUUCCAGAUGGUGCAACUGAGACAAGACCUCCAUCAGCAUGAGGAUAAGUACAGAGAGCUUUUAGCCAACUUUAAUGAGCUGCAGUCUGAGAAGACAGUCAUUCAACUGCAGGUUGAGAGCGGAUCUUCUAGUGUGAAAGCUAUUGAGGAAAACAUGAAGGUUAGCGAAAAGAAGGCUGUGAAGCUCACAAAACAAAUCCAAAGACUGGAAGAAGAAAACCGAGGUCUACGAGAGGAAGUGAAGUCCAUUAAGAGCAAAAGCCAAGAGAAAUGUCAAGAAACUGAGACUCUGCAGAAGAAAUCUGAAGAAAAUUAUAAACAUCUGGAGGAGGAAACCGCCGAAAAAGAUAAGCAGAUCAAGUCUGCUGAAACCAAGUUGCGCAGUCUGAGGAAAAAGUUUGAAAUAAAACUUAAAGCCCAGGAGGAAUACCAGAAAGAGAUAAACAUUCUUCAAGAGGAGGCAGAGAACCUUAAAGCACUGAACCAAGAAAACCGUCGGAAAUUGCUUCAGGAAUUUGAGUCCAAAUCCACCUUGGCAGCAGAGCUUCAGAACGAGGUACAAAAGCUCAAAUCCACAGCAGCAGAGGCCGUCAAGAACAAGGAAGACACAGAGCUCAAGUGUCAACACCAGAUAGCAGACAUGGUUGCUCUGAUGGAGAAACACAAGAGCCAGUAUGACCGGAUGGUGGAAGAAAAGGAUGCAGAGCUUGAGGAGACAAAGAAGAAAGAGAUGCAGGCUGUUGCGCAUCUGAAAUCCCUGGACUUGGAACUCUCAAAGCACAAGACAGAUAAUGAUCUCCUGAAGCAACAGCUGAAGACAGGAACAGCACAGAAGGAAAAACUACAGAAGGAUCUGGCUGACCUCAAGAACGAAAUGUCAUCCAUGAAAAUGACUCCGCUGACAGAAGCAGGGAACAAGCAGGCACCGGGCUUAAACCAUACCCAAGAGACUCCAAGAGAGAGCUCUUCAAAGAGAAACACGUUUGACUUCACCAAAAGCAGGAGAACUCCCUCCUUCAGCAACGAUGAGGGCAGUUCUGCAAUUAUGAAGAAAGCUGAAUCCACCAGAACAUCCUGUGGAACAACACCAAAGACCCAGGAAAGUCGCAAUGAAGACCUAAAGACCCCAAGAAGUUUUACAAACAGACUUGGCGGAACAUCAAAGAUCAAAUCCUACAGAAUAAGGACCCCUCCUUCUUCUGAAAAGGCGUCAGGCUGGGAAAAGAGCAUCUUGGUGCUGUCCGACAAGUCUGACAGCUCCGACAGCUCCGACAAACAUGAUCUCCUGACCUUUGCCAGUACAUCUAUACCCAGUGUUGUCGCUCCAUUGCGCAAAGUCAACAUCUUCAAAAAGAUUCAGAGCCCCCUCACUCAAAAAUCACCGGGGAACUCUCUGAAGUUAGCAGCAAUGAAAAGGAUGCGAGAUGCUGGCUGGACGGCUGUUACAGGCUGGGACAAAAAGAAGAAGACAUCCAAUGACAAGACCUUUGCAUAAGUAGUAGAGGACAGACAACCCUACACGUGUUAGUCCGGUUUUGAUGUUUCAAUUUUGUUAUCAUUCAUUCAUAGCAUUGUUCAGAAUUUUGCAGACUCUAUAAUUAAUAACAAAAGGCCAAUUUAUUUCUUUACAUGCAUCAAAGAUUUGAUAGGUUGAUCAGUUAAACAGUGUUGUUAUGGAAAAGUGUUCCAGCCGUUCAAGCAAGUUUGUUUGUUAACGUAGAUUUAAAUGAGCGCAGAAUCCGCUCUCGGUUGUAGUUCUGCUGAAUGGAAAGACUUAUCUUUACUGGGGUCCACAUGAAAUCAAUUUGAUCUGCCCACGUUUAUAUUGUUGUGAGAAAUGUAGUUAUGUGUUGCUAUCGUAAUAUAUUUCAAGUAUUUCUGUGUUCUAGUAUUGACAGCUUAAUGAGUAAAAUUGAUGUUCAAUCAAUCAGCAUUGUCCUUGUUUCAAUGUUCUGCCGAUCUUUGUUUCGCUCUCCUCUCGUGAAAUAUCAGUCCUGAAACUACUAAUUUGUGGAAGAGGAAACUUGUUUUGUCCAUCCUUUCGAGCUCCAAAACUGCAGGAACUCUGUCCUCAAUGAAGGAACUGGAGACGGAAUUGAGAUUGGUCUGCCGCUGGGUCUGUCGGAACGUUGUCGUAUAUCGGGUGGCCAUCAUAGAGUCCUCCAGAAAU